UUAUGAGACUCAGUAGACAGACACAGGCUGUAAUACUUAAAAAUUCAGCUGUAUUAUGUGCCACAUUGAGCACAGUAUUGCAUUAUGUUUGCCAAAAGCGAAACGAAACAGCUCAUUUGAAUUGACCUAGAUUUGUUUCCUCUCUCUGGGUGAUUAGCACGCCGUUGGAAGGAGUCCAGGAGGAGGAGUGUCUGGAUCAACUGUGAAGUUUGGUUGGAGGAGUAACAAGACAGUAACAAGACAGUAACAAGACAGUAACUGCACCAACCCGUCUGUCUGUGUGCUGGGUGAUCAUCCUGUUGAACAGGCUUCAGCAGCUGGAGUUAUGCGGGACAGAGCGGGCGCUGGGAGACGCGGCCAGGGCGGCCGAGCCGCGGCCAGCAGGGCAUGAGAACAGCUCCACAUCUGCUCCAGGAAGAGACGCCAUGGCCGCAUACGGGAGGAGGAACCGACCCAAGCUGCUGCUGCUGCUCUUCGGCGUCUCUCUGGUGGGGUAUCUGAUCUUCUCCAGACACAACUCCGGGGAAGUUAGGGAGCUGCUCCGCGAAGCGCCCGGGGAGCGCGACGACGCGCGCCUGAAGAAGCCCGUGUACGAGAAGCCUCCCCUGGAUUUAAAUGCCCCGGGGGAGAUGGGUAAAGCUGUGAAACUGGUCCUGGACGACCAGGAGAAGAAGAAAGAGGAGGAAAGCCUGCAGAAGCACCAGAUUAAUACUUAUGUCAGUGACAAAGUGUCACUUCACCGGAGGCUUCCAGAAAGGUGGAACCCGCUUUGCAGGGAACUGAAGUACGACUACCUUUCUUUGCCCACAACUUCUGUGGUGAUUGCCUUUUACAACGAGGCCUGGUCCACCCUGCUGAGGACAGUCCACAGCGUGCUGGAGACUUCCCCUGACAUCCUGCUCAAAGAGGUGGUGCUGGUGGACGACUACAGCAACAGAGCUCAUUUAAAGGAACCUUUGGAGAAGUACCUCUCAGGUGUGAGGAAAGUGCGCCUGGUUCGUGCGACGAAGAGGGAGGGGCUGGUGCGGGCCCGGCUGCUCGGGGCGUCCAUCGCCACCGGGGAUGUGCUCACCUUCCUGGAUUGCCACUGCGAGUGCCACGAGGGCUGGUUAGAGCCCCUGCUCCACAGGAUCAAAGAGGAGCCGACAGCGGUGGUGUGUCCUGUUAUCGAUGUGAUAGACUGGAACACCUUCCAGUACUUAGGAAACUCCGGCGAGCCUCAGAUUGGGGGGUUUGACUGGCGGCUGGUCUUUACUUGGCACACCGUCCCAGACUAUGAGCAGAAACGCCGUCACUCACCCACCGACGUCAUCAGGUCUCCCACUAUGGCAGGUGGGCUGUUUUCUGUGAGCAAGAACUACUUCCAUUACCUGGGGACAUAUGACACAGGGAUGGAGGUGUGGGGAGGAGAAAACCUCGAAUUCUCCUUCAGGAUUUGGCAAUGCGGUGGCAGCCUCGAGAUCCACCCGUGCUCGCACGUGGGUCAUGUGUUUCCUAAAAAGGCCCCUUACUCCCGGAGCAAAGCGUUGGCAAACAGCGUGAGAGCAGCUGAGGUUUGGAUGGACGAAUACAAGGAGAUCUACUACCAUCGCAACCCCCAUGCACGUCUGGAGGCCUUUGGAGAUGUGACGGAGCGGAAAAAGCUAAGAGAGACGCUCGGGUGCAAGAGCUUCAAGUGGUACCUGGAUAACGUUUACCCCGACAUUUCCGUCCCACACGAUAGGCCAGGCAUGUUUGGAAUGCUGAAGAACCGGGGCAAGACCAACUAUUGUUUUGACUACAACCCUGUAGAUGACCACAUGCUGGUCGGCCAAAGGGUCAUCCUGUACCCGUGUCACGGCAUGGGUCAGAACCAGUUUUUUGAGUUUUCAGUGGACGGUGAGAUCUGUUACAACACGAGGGAGCCUGCCGGAUGCGUGGUGGGCGACAGCAUCACCACCUACCUGACUGUCCAGCUGUGCAAGAAACGAGGACAGCCCGUCGCCGUGGACCAGAAUUUUGUCUUUCGGAAGGACGGGAGUCUUUACCAUGUCCUGAGCCAAAAGUGUGUAGAAGCAGUGGACAAGACGGACAACGGGACGCCGGCGCCCUCACUCCAGCCCUGCUCCGACAGUCUCCACCAGAAGUGGUUCUUUGAGGAGAGAAUGUAACCAGAGAAACUUCAAAUAUAUAGGUUUUUUUUUCCUUUUUUUUGUGUGUUGAAGGCCCAAAUCCAGAAGAGGAUCGUGAGAGGAUUGACUUUCAAAGUGGUUCUGAAUGUGCUCGCCUCGCCCCAAAGCGAGACCAGAUGACCAUGCCUCAAUGCUUCCCUUCCCAGCCUAAAACUUUGCACAUUUUGUGCAGCGGCUGGAAUGACAGGAAAUGAUUCUGGCAAGUUUUUAUUUUUCUGAUGCACUUUCUCUAUAGACUGUACGUGUGAACCUGCUCCGUUUCUUUACUGGAGAAGAUGCUAGAGAUUCAGUGAUCAUCUGCACAACUAUAUUUCCUGGAUUUUUUUUUUUUCUUCUGGUCAUUUUUCAUUUAUACACCCCUCCUCUGUCUUUCCCUCUUUUUUUAGAAAGAGGUAAUUUUAGCUCUUUUGUUUUAUUUUUUUGUUGCAAAUGAGGACAGAGAUGCACAAAUCUGAGAGAGAACAAGUGCCUCAUAAAUCUGUCAACAAACCCGGAGCCUUUUAUGAGCUCGUGGCUCGUGUGACAGUGAUUUUUAUUUUAUUUCCCCCCCCCCAGAGCUACGUCAUAAUGUGUUUGACAUUUGCAUCUUCUCCUGUAGAGGGGGCCAACGUUCCUUUCUGUGUGACUUUUUUUAUUUUUUCCUUUUCUUUCAUCAUCUUUUCUCAUCAUGAAAAAGUGGGACAAAUCAUCAGGUAUUUUAUUAGGAACCUUUUCAGGAAGCUGUGGCUGCUAGAGAUUGUGAAAUGGCAUCGACUUGUAUGAAAGCCAGAGACCACAGGCAGGAUGCUCGUGCCCAAUACCUCCUCUUCUUUAUCUACUGUUAACGGGAUACAUUGCUUUUGUUGUUGAGUCAUUCCAUUUCCAAUCUACCUGAGGUAAAAUGUCACAGGCUUUAUAAUCACCUGUAUAGUUACUUAUUUCAUCAUGGUGUAACACUCUUAAAUAACGUACUAAAAUGUCGCCAUAUUUCAUGGAUUUCCCUCAUGUAGCCUCAACUGUGUUUGUAUUUGUUUUCCUGGAUCACUUCCAAGUUUUAUUAGAGACACAUUCAAUCCAAAUCAUAGUUAAGCCAGAGUUUAUUCAGUUAAUGCUGAUCGUUGCACAUGCAUCAGUGAAAUCACAAGGAUGGGGUUCGUCCUCUUCUUAAUUGUCCACUUGAGCAAAAAGAGUGCCUUGAUGUGUAAAAAAUGACUACAAUAUUAUAACAGGAUCAAGAUAAAUAUAUUACUGCUUGCAUAAUUUGCCACUCAGUGAGAUAGAAACAUCAGUAGUUCAGGAGGUGACAGUAUCCGUUCUGGAUGCGUAUGCACGGCCACGGGGGCUUUCCUUUGAAACUGUGUGUUUUGCUCCGGCGGAUUGUACUGAUUUGCGCUUCGGUUUUCAUCCGUCAGAACCAGACAGCCUCAGAUCCAUCUGAACUAGAAUCGUCACUUUUGUGGCUGUCCCUCAGGCUACGCAGAGUGAAAACGCAGCGGCGGAGCAGGCAGACAGUUGUCUGCGUCUCCAGAGUGUUGGGAUGUGCUGGGAUGCCAGAUGGCUUCCUGAUAUUUUGAUUUUUUUUUUCCCUGGUCUUCUGCCAAUUCUUUAUCACCUUCUUUCCCUCUCAGUCAGAGGUAACGAUGAAGGACUUUAUCUUUAGGACUCCGCUCAAAUCUCCUCAGACAAACUCUCGCAUCUACUCGUGCCUUCGGGGUCUGAUCAAGGAAGGGGAACAAUUGAGAAUACACGUUUGACAGCAGAGGCAGAUAGUGGAGGUUAGCCCUCUUCAGCACUAACUUUCGUCCGGCUGUCGGCUGAAGAGUCUCAAGAGGGUUUUGUUUACAACUAGUGAUAGGAAACCAUUGUGCUGAAAAAGCUUUUUCUUCUGAAUCAGAGUGUAUAUAAUAAAUGGAUCUUUAUGGUUUUUUAAAGCAUCAAGCUGGGACUUGAGUAAAAUGAGAGUCCCUUCUAUUGCAAAAUGUUACAAUACAGUAAUGUGUGUUGUUGCAGGGACAUGACGACAUUUGUAUGUGCAAGCUUUUAUUUUAACAGACAUAAUGUCCUUUCUUCACUAUUCACAUACAUUUGGAGACUGUGCAGACCUUAGGAAGGCAGUGCUACGAGAAAGCUGUAUUUAGUCGGAGGAAAGGGGAAAAAAAUAUGUUACAAGCUUAUUUAAUAUCAACAUAAUUACAGGGCCUCCGUUCCCAUUAGUCCUUGAGUAGGCUUUUUGUUAAGAUUAUGAGUCGUAUGUUGCUCAGUGAACCACAUCAAAUGACCAGUGGGGACAAUAUUGUUAAUAAUAGGAGGGAAGUAUCUGUAUCUGUCUUAUGUAAAAUCUGGGCUCGGCCUAAAGUGGGCUCCAUAAAAUGUGAUUGAUCGGGGUUUUAAUUGCAGAGCGCUGUGUUUUUCGAGUGGAAACAGUUUAGAGAAUUCAUGAUCCCCAGCAAAGUUGGUUUGUUCUCUUGGUUUCCCACAAAACAAGAGCCCACUGUUGUUUAUGUGCACGCUGAAUUACCAGGAUCAGCUAAAAGUGUGCUUUUAAGGCAGAGCUCAGCUUUCAUGUACCGAACACUUCACAGAAAAAAUGCUGUAGACAUAUCGUACCUAACCUUAGUUUUUAUUUUGUGUGUGUGUACCAGAGUUGCCAUCUGUUUCCCAACCAUGUCCUCGCUUAUGAAUAAUUUUUACUGUGAUUUUAUAUUUUAUGUUGAUUUUACACGGUACACUGAGGGCACUGAGUUUGAUCUUUUACAGUUUAAUUUAGUUGAUCUCUGCAUUAAAUCACACAGGGGGGUUUUAUAGAAGUUGGGGU